AUGAUAAGGCCCGGCCAGUACCAGACGCUCAUGGACGCCACGAGGUACGUCGACCACGUGCUCUGGGACCUGGUGCUCCCCUGGCUCGAGGAGUGCAGGACGGGCCACGCCGCGCUGGUCGUGGUCAUCUCGCUCGACAGGUCCGGGGGCCUGUCGCAGGAUGGUCUGGAGGAGGUGGUGGCCCCCCUGCUGGAGCGCUUCUCGCUGCAGGCGCUGGCCACCAGCCGCUUUCCGCUGUUCGGCCUGCUGGCGCACGCGCUGGAGCUGAACGCGCCUGACGAGUCGCCUCGGCCCUGCCGGGCGGACCUCGCGCUCUAUUUCCGCGCCGUGCUGGCCGGCUCCGCCGCUCUCGAUGGCCGCUUGGUGUCGGAGCUCGCCGCCGACGAGGCGGCUCCCCAGGGGGUGUGCUCGCACCAGCUUGCCAUGACGGCCGCGGCUCUCGGCGGCUUCCCUCUCAGGCCGCUUGCCAAUCGGAGUGUGAUUCAGGCGUGGUGUCGGCCGACCCCCUGGCCAGUCUGGAGCGCGUUGCACACGCGAUGGCGCCGUGCACCCCAGCUUCCGAGUGGGCAGAACCCCGUGCCUCUUAGCUUGUCGCCGCUGCGUGGCUUCCGGUCGUCUCGCUGGAGCUUUCUUGAGGCGAGGCUGCGAAGUUUCGAUUUCAAUGGCUGGUCCAUCCCUGGGACCCCGAUGGAGUCGCUCGCAGCUCCAGAGGCGCAAGACGAUGGCUGGACGCUCGAAUUCGAUCAGGAGCUGGAACGGCGGCGCAAUGGCGGGACUGAUGAUGCUGGCACAGUGCGUGUUGCUUUCCUGGAGUCGGAGAAGGGGGAAUUGUUUGACGGCGCCAUGAACAUGGACCACCGCCCUCCUCAGCAGAGAGGCGCUAAUGCUGUUGUGCAUCGCGGCACUUUUGAAGAGCAGUGGCGCAGGUUCAUGAUAAACCCUGAUGACCAGGCAGUUUUCUCGACUUGUCAGGUUGGUUACUUUGACAAGCGGCCCUUGGGCUUGAUGACGGCAUGGCAUGCAGAUUUCGUGCACUGGCCUCUGCGUCCAACGACGGAUGACAUUCAGGCGUUGGCGAACUAUGAUAUAGUGAUUGUGUUUGAUGCGUGGCCGUUAGGGAGACCCCCCGAAUUGCCUCUGGUGCGCGGACAGGUGCGACUGUGGAUGCCCUGGGAGCCCGUUGCCAUCGAGGGGGACGUCUCUUUCCCCGAUGACUAUUGCCCCGUUGUGCUCGAUUUGUUUGCAGUGGCGAGUGUGCCUUCUGCACUGGUCUGGUACCACUUCUGGAUCCAGCAGUGGCGGGACACCUUCCCCGCGCCGCCGCCUGAAAGCGGCGAUGGCCCUCCCGAGGCGUUGGUUUUCUACUACGUGCCGGAGCGCACCACCGAGCUGGCGAGCGGCCUCAGGAGCAUGGGCUACGAGGUGACGCACGCCAUGCACAGCUCGUGGAAGCGAUACUGGCGGUCUUUGCAGGGCGCUUUCAUCGCAAUACUACCAGCGCACAGAGGGGUUGCACGGCUCAGCCCAGGUCAGGUGAUAGCGGAUGCGGCAAUGGCCAAUUGUGUUCCCACCUUCUCACCCAGAACGAAGCUGCUGGCGCGACUGCUCCUGCCAGCCUUCCUGUCUUACCGCUCCCAUGAGGAGUUGAUGGCGAAGGCCCAGUUGUUGCGGGAUCAUCCAGAGUGGAGGCAAACCUUGUCCAGGGAGGUCUGCCGCAGGCUUCGUUACAUAGACGGGCAGAGCAUUGAGACACCACUGCAACUGUUACAGCGCGUCUCCUUGGAGGCGCCAGGCGAC